UUCAGUUUAAUUCAGUCAACAGCUUGAUAUCAACUGUGAAAAAUAAUCAAAAAUGAUUUCUCGUGCAUUUUUUUGUUUUGCGAUCGUUUUGAUCGUAUCGUUAGACUCGAGCUUUGCUGUUAAGGGCAUUAUUAAAAAAGGGCUCGGCGGUUUGAAAAAGGGUGCAGGUGCAACCGCAAACCUGAUUACAGGAACCGAUAAAUAUAAUAAAUAUGAUGGAGGCUGCCUUUACGCUGAUCAAAUGUACAAAAUUCAUAAGUGUGUUUAUGCUUUGAAAGAUCAUAUGCUAUUGUCAGCUGAAUUGGCAAGCGAUUCCACUCAAAAUGUUGAAAUUAUUGUGAAACUUUCGGAUGAGGCAUCGGAUAGAGGAGUUGACAAAUUGAAGGAAUAUGGAAAUGCUGGAUUUUUCAGAUAUGGAGAAGAUUCUCGUGAUAACCAUGAAGUUCUACACGAAGGUGAGGCACACUUCAGCCCCAAAAAAUGCAAGGAGGGUACAAAUGUCGAAAAGUUGAAAGCAUUUAACGUUGUCGUUACACCAUAUGAAAAACAACCAAUUUGCCUAAAAUGUGUUAAUGAAAGUAUCAACUAUUACGAACGCACCAAUGAAGUUCUACCUGCUACUGCAAAGAAAUGCGGCUGCAAAAAAUAAAGAUCAUGUAAUAUAAUCGAACAUUUCAAUGAGGCGAUUUACAACACAAGUACUAGAAAAACAAGUAGAAACCGUUUUAGUUAACAUUUAAAAUAUAUGAAGUAAAUACGCUUUAAUAUGGGCAACCAUAUCGUUAUACGAAUUUCCAUAAUGAUAUUCAAAUGGCGGGAUCGGUUUUGACUAUAUCAAUUGUAUUGCAUCCAUGUAUUUCAAAUGAAGACUAGAACACUAGAAGCUAUUUGCAUAACUUUAAUCGUAAAACACGUUUGAAAAUGUCAAAAAAAUUUACAUUCGAUCAUACACAGUAUAGACUGACUAAUAAAAACAAUUUAUUUAAAAAGAA